GGGCUGGGGCUCGGCUCCUGGCUCGUGAGGCUCUGCUGGGAAGCCCCAUCCCGCACAGCACUUCUCCGUAGCCGCCAAGCUGGAGUUGGAAGUGGAUCUCCGUGGGGCCGGGGCGCUGGCUGCCGGGCAGCGGCUCCUCCAGGCCGAGGCCCCUGCAGAGAAUGUGCCGGAGACUGUGGCAGUCUCCCGGCGGAGCGGCCAGGCCGGGAGUAUGCUGCGCUGGUUCAGCACCGUGAUCCUAUUUGCCGCCUUCCUGGGGCUGGGGAUGAGUGUCGCUAUACUGGGACCCACAUUUCAAGAUUUGGCAACGAAUGUGAACCGAAAUAUCAGUAGUCUUUCUCUAAUUUUUGUGGGCCGUGCCUUUGGAUACUUGAGUGGCUCUGUGAUUGGUGGAGUUCUUUUUGACAUUAUGAAUAGUUUUCUACUUUUAGGGCUGUCAAUGCUGGCUACCACAGUCGGUUUCUAUCUUGUUCCCUUUUGUAAAACAGCAGUAUUGUUGAUUGUCAUGAUGUCUGUCUUUGGUGCUUCAGUCGGCAUUCUGGAUACAGGUGGUAAUGUCCUUAUCUUGGCUCUUUGGGGGGACAAAGGAGCUCCACAUAUGCAGGCCUUACACUUCAGUUUUGCUUUGGGUGCCUUUUUGGCUCCACUGCUAGCUAAGUUGGCACUGGGCACGACAACCGUGUCUGCUGAAAACCACACGGAGUCUGACUUCCACCAUCCUGUCCUCAACCAGUCAUCUGGAGCUGACUCAGAAUCUCUGUUUGGAAUACCUGAAAAUCUGAAUUUACUGUGGGCUUAUGCUCUUAUUGGGACUUACGUUUUAGUAGUUUCUCUCUUUUUUUUUGCUUUGCUUUUAAAGAAAAGCUCAAGGCGGGAGACAGCAAAUGCAUCUGCUCAGAGCUCUCGAAGAGCUAAACAUCACAAAGCCCUUCUGAGUCUCCUUUUCGUGUUCUUCUUCUUUUAUGUUGGAGCUGAGGUAACAUAUGGCUCUUAUGUCUUUUCCUUUGCAACCACUCAUGUUGGCAUGAAAGAAAGUGAAGCUGCUGGGUUGAACUCCAUCUUCUGGGGGACCUUUGCAGCCUGCAGGGGCCUGGCGAUCUUUUUUGCUACAUAUUUCCAACCCGGAACCAUGAUUGUGAUCAGCAACAUCGGCAGCUUGGCUUCUUCUUUAUUUCUGGUGCUUUUUGACAAGAACCCACUUUGUCUCUGGAUAGCAACUUCCGUGUAUGGGGCCUCAAUGGCAACCACAUUUCCGAGUGGAGUUUCCUGGAUUGAGCAAUACACAACCAUCCAUGGGAAAGCUGCAGCGUUUUUUGUAGUUGGUGCAGCCCUGGGAGAAAUGGCCAUUCCUGCAGUAAUUGGAAUUCUUCAGGGAAAAUAUCCUCAUUUGCCUGUAGUUCUGUAUACCUCCUUGGGGGCAGCAAUAGCCACUGCUAUUUUAUUUCCUGUGAUGUAUAAAUUAGCCACUUCACCUCUUGAUCGUCAGCGAAAAGAAAACAGAAAGAGUGAGGACCAGAAAGCUUUGCUUGCCAGCUCUGGGCUAAAUGACUACGAGGAAGAGAAUGAAGAUGAUGAUGCAGAAAAAUGGAAUGAAAUGGAUUUUGAAGUGAUUGAAAUGAAUGAUACAAUGAGGGAUUCUGUAAUACAGACAUCUAGAAAUAUAUUGAUGGAGCCCACAACUGAAGACUCCAACCAGUCCCUCCCUAAUGUGUUAGUUUUUGAGUCUUCUUUGGCUAAUACUGGCAUCUCCCCUGUGAAGCACCUUGCCAGAAACCAGGAUAAAAGGGACUGACACUUAAGAGAAGAUGGAUAACUAAUUACCACUUCUAAACAGGCCAGUCAGAGCAGAGCAUUAGCAGAUUUUCAGCAUGCUUUGAGGUCUGAUUAUAACAAAUGUUAAAAAGUUGUGAAAUGUCCUGUAAUUCCUAGAGUCUUCCAUAAAUAACCAAAUGGUCUCAUACAGUAGGAUCUUGUUGUGAGGCUGGUAGCUCAUGAAGUAAUAUUUUCUGGUUUCCAUCCCUCAGAGCAUGCAAAGAAGGCAUUUGUUUUUGAGACGUUGAGGGUUCCAAUAGAAUGAAACCAUGGAGGAGUUGAACUGGUUUGCUGAACAAAUAAUCAUGCAUUGGUAUUCUGCCAAGGAAAUUGAGAAAGUAGUUUUUAUAAAAGAGAGCAUCUUUGGAAAUGGACAUAUAUUUUUAAUAUUAAUCACUUUAUGUGAGUGGUUGGACCAAAGAAUUGGAAUGAGUCAUUUGAUCUGUGAUUUCUAUGCCGAGAACACAGAAUAGGACCCAGGAGACCUGGCUUUAUGCCUUGACUUUCCUUUCUGGCUCUGCACUCAUCACUGAAUGCAGGCCUCAUUUAUCUCACCUCCCUGUUCAUCUAGAAAUGAAAAUGAGACGAUUUCUAAAUUGGGAAUCCGUAAGUUUUAAAGUUCGUGCAAGAUACCCGCACCAGUGCUGGCCCAUUCUUCAUUUCAGAUGAGAAGUCAAACAAAAAUGAUAAAUAGCUUUAAGAAUGUGCUAUUGAUUAUGAAUAUGUGUCCAUUUAACAUACUUAAUGUGUGAUGCUUUAUUUGAAUGACUAUCUGAACACAUUUUUCAGUACUGCAUUUCAUUGAUUCUAAGAUACAUCAUUUUUUUCUACACUUUUAACAUCUCUAAAAUCAGGACGUAUCUUAAAAUCUGUGAUCGUUUAACAUGUGCCAAAGUUUAAUUGGCAGUCCCCCCCCAUAUGUGUAUAUAAGGUAAUGUCACAUUUUACAAUCAGUGUUUUAGAUUCAGUGAAAUACAGUAAUUUAUUCAAUUAUGGGAAUUAUACUAUUUUUGCAGACAUUUUAAAAAGAAAAGUUAUUUUUAUAUGCUAAUUUUCUCUCUAUGUUCAGAUGUAUUUGGAGGCACUAUGUUUUGAUUUUUAAAAGCAGUUUUGGAGUUAACUACAUUAGUAGUAGAACUGUUCACAGGGUCAUUUGAGGUCCUUUGCCUACCUCAGUCACAGAGGCUGAGUCUGCGCCUUCCUGUUUCAGGGUUUGAUCCUCACUGGGUUUGAGUGGUAAUCAUGUUGUAACACUGUAAACCAGAUUAUAAGUUUAAUGUACAAUGAGAUGCAGUCUUUUCCAGUGAAAAGAUCCAUCUAGGUCUCCUUAUUCCCAAGUUUGAGGUACUUUGGAAACCAAAGUACUGGUUAAAAGUUGUCAGGUAGCUAAAGAUCAGGGAAGAGGAAGGGUACUUCAUGUAAAUAUGGCAAAACUGGUGUGGGCCACCCUUGGAUAAAUGACUAGAACUGAGGAUGAAUUUUCUUCACUUCUUUCUAAGUUUUAUGGUGAAUAAUACCUAAUUUAUACGUGACUAAAGUAUGUCUGCUUUCUCUGAUUUCUACGAAUUUACCUUUGUUUUUUUUUAAAAACAUUUCCAGAGGGGCCAGAGGGUAGUGUGGUGGUUGGGGUACUGGACUCCC